AUGGUGAUGAACGAUGUCAUAUUAUUGCAAAUUUGUUGGGUGGAUCUGGGGAUUAUAAAGGCAACUAUGGUCAAUAUAUUGUAUCAUGGGAUGAUAAAAAACACGUCAAUGUCAUUACACAAAUAUUCCGGCCGCAUAAUAACAAAGAGCACGCAACAACAACAGUUAUAUAUAGAAACCGACAUAGUGAAUUGUAAAAUUUACAAGGCCAUAUAG